AUGGGCCAUAGGUCCAUGACCCGAGAAGCCCACACACGAAAGAAUUCUCACAACAGGAAGAUCUUUCUAGAAGCGGCUGCGAUUGAGUAUAAUUCUAGAAAAUCCUCUGUUACGCGGCGGCUUACUCGAUCUAUUCUAAGGUCGUUGGGUAUUUUGUUGAAUUUGAGACGCUCUUUCUGCAACUUUGCUCGGCAAAGAGGUAUUGAUGUUGUUCUUAAUGAUGAGUCCAAGCGUGAGACUCCUGCUGUCGUAUGCUUUGGUGACAAGCAGAGAUUCCUUGGAACGGCAGGAGCUGCUUCGAGCAUGAUGAAUCCCAAAAAUACAAUAUCCCAAAUAAAGAGGUUGAUUGGACGCCAGUUUUCGGAUCCCGAGUUGCAGCAGGAUCUGAAGUCAUUACCUUUUUCUGUGACCGAAGGGCCUGAUGGAUAUCCUUUGAUCCAUGCACGAUAUUUGGGAGAAAUGAGGACGUUUACACCUAUCCAGGUCCUGGGAAUGGUUCUCUCUGAUUUGAAGAGCAUUGCUGAAAAGAAUUUGAAUGCAGCAGUUGUAGAUUGCUGCAUCGGGAUACCUGUUUAUUUCACUGACCUUCAGAGGAGAGCAGUUAUAGAUGCUGCAACAAUAGCUGGUUUGCACCCUCUCCGGCUUUUUCAUGAGACUACUGCUACCGCUUUAGCUUAUGGUAUUUACAAGACUGACUUACCCGAGAAUGACCCAUUACAUGUUGCUUUUGUUGAUGUUGGGCACGGUAGUAUGCAAGUUUGCAUUGCUGCUCUCAAGAAAGGUCAGCUGAAGAUAUUGGCCCAUUCUUUUGACAGGUCCCUCGGCGGAAGGGAUUUUGAUGAAGAUGUAAGAGGUCACAUUAAGAGAGAGGAAUUUGAGCAAAUUAGUGUUCCAAUAUUGGAGCGUGUUAAAAAGCCAUUGGAGAAGGCUCUCGCAGAAGCUGGACUUACCGUCGAGAAUAUUCACACAGUAGAGGUCGUUGGUUCAGGCUCUCGAGUUCCUGCUAUUAUGAAGAUAUUGACAGAGUUCUUUGGUAAGGAGCCCAGGCGUACAAUGAAUGCAAGUGAAAGUGUUGCCAAAGGAUGUGCUUUACAAUGUGCUAUUCUUAGUCCCACAUUUAAAGUGCGCGAAUUCCAGGUCAAUGAGAGCUUCCCAUUUCCCAUUGCUUUGUCAUGGAAAGGUUCUGCUCCAGACACACAGAACGGAGCCGUGGAUAAUCAGCAGAUCACUGUUGUGUUCCCCAAGGGUAAUCCGAUACCAAGUAUGAAGGCUCUGACAUUCUACAGAUCUGGUACUUUUACAAUCGAUGUUCAAUAUGCUGAUGUUAGCGAAUUGCAGGCACCGGCUAAGAUAAGCACUUACAUGAUUGGACCGUUCCAAUCCUCAAAUGGAGACCGGUUAAAACUGAAGGUCAAAAUACGUCUAAGCUUUCAUGGUAUUGUCUCGGUUGAGUCAGCUACUCUUUUGGAAGAGGAAGAAGUAGAAGUGCCAGUUGUAAAAGAGUUGGUGGAGAAACCGACGAAUAUGGAAACAAAUGAAGCUCCUGGUGAUUCUUUGCCGCCAAGUGCUCCUGAAACCGACGUAAAUAUUCAAGAUGCUAAAGCUGAUGCCCCUGGAGCUGAAAAUGGUGUUCCCGAGUCGGGGGAUAAGCCUGUUCAGAUGGAAACGGACACUAAAGUGGAGGUGCCGAAAAAAAAGGUUAAGAGAACUAGUGUGCCUGUUUCAGAACAAGUGUAUGGAGGAAUGGGAACUGAAGAGGUGCAAAAGGCGGUGGAAAAGGAAUUUGAGAUGGCUUUGCAGGACCGUAUUAUGGAAGAAACAAAGGAGAAAAAGAAUGCUGUGGAAGCUUAUGUUUAUGAUAUGCGGAAUAAGCUUACUGACAAAUAUCAAGAGUUCGUAGUGGAUUCAGAGAGAGAGCAGUUAAUGGCUAAACUCCUAGAGGUGGAAGAUUGGUUGUAUGAGGAUGGCGAGGAUGAAACCAAAGGUGUCUAUAUUGCUAAGCUGGAGGAACUCAAGAAGCAAGGUGACCCCAUAGAGGAGCGAUUCAAGGAGCAUAUGGAGAGGGGACCCAUAAUUGAUCAACUUAUUUAUUGCAUCAACAGUUACAGAGAGGCAGCUAUGUCAAAUGAUCCGAAAUUUGAUCACAUUGAUUUGGCGGAUAAGCAAAAGGUUUUGAAUGAAUGUGUCGAAGCUGAGGCAUGGCUGAGAGAGAAAAAGCAGCAGCAGGAUGCACUUCCUAAGCAUGCAACACCAGUUCUUUUCUCAGCCGAUGUCAGGAAAAAAGCUGAAGCUCUUGAUAGAUUUUGCAGGCCGAUAAUGAUGAAGCCAAAGCCAGUGAAGCCCGCUUCUCCUGAAACACCCUCACCAGCAUCAUCCCAAGGAGGAGGUGAGUCCCAAUCUCAGGGGGCUGAGAACCCGAACUCAAGCCCUGGCCAAAACACCAAUGAAUCUGGAAAUGAAUCACCGGCGGAGCCCAUGGAAACAGAUAAGUCUCAAGAGUGA